CACCAGAUAUUCGCAGCUCAGUACUUUCGAUGGCGGUACCCCGGAACUAUGGUCACUUCCGGAGGCCUGGUCCCUGGAUACAAUGGGAUAUGGUCUACCCCCGCAGCCAUUGGGGCAGCAAAGAUUUUACUCCCUGAUUGCCUCGUUGUCGAUAUAGAUGGAUAUACGUCGUUUAACAUGACUAUGAUGGAGCUAUCU